CCCUCCCUCCCUCCCUAUAAUAAAUCCUCCCUUCUCACUUCCCUUCCCAAAAAAACAAGCUCCCCUUUUCUUUCAAAUAAUUAUUGCAUCCGUCCUUUCCCUUCAAACAAAACACCCCCCCUACAUAUAUGCAUAUCCCAAAGUUGUUCUCUUAAUCGGAAUUAUCAUGGGACGAUCACCCUGUUGUGAAAAGGCACAUACCAAUAAAGGUGCCUGGACCAAAGAGGAAGACCAACGCCUCAUUGACUACAUCCGUCUCCACGGUGAAGGUUGCUGGCGUUCCCUCCCCAAAGCUGCUGGACUGCUUAGGUGUGGUAAGAGUUGCAGGUUAAGAUGGAUAAACUACUUGAGGCCUGAUCUUAAGAGAGGAAAUUUCAGUGAAGCUGAGGAUGAACUUAUCAUCAAACUCCACAGUUUACUUGGAAACAAAUGGUCUUUAAUAGCUGCGAGAUUACCGGGAAGAACUGACAACGAGAUCAAGAACUACUGGAACACGCACAUCAAAAGGAAGCUUAUAAGCAGAGGAAUCGAUCCACAAACUCAUGGUCCACUCAAUCAACCCACCAACACCAAUAAAUCCACUGAAUUGGAUUUCAGGAACGUACCCAAAGCUUCAAAAUCCAACUUUGCUCCAAACCCAUCUCGGGAUUUCAAUUUCAAUGAAUUUCAAGUUAAGGCCAAAGCAGAAUCCAUUGAAGAAGGCACCUCUAGCAGCAGUGGAAUGACUACUGAUGAAGAACAACAACAACAACAAGAACAGGACAAGUAUGCAGGUAAUAGUCAAGAGUUAGAUUUGGAGCUAUCAAUUGGGAUUAGUUCAUCCGGAAAGAACAACAACUCAACUGGGGUUUCAACUGCUAACUCAGCCGAAUCCAAACGGCUGUUAGACAAAAGCAAUUUCCAGUUUCUUGGACAAGCUAUGGCGGCUAAAGCAGUCUGUUUGUGUUGCCAGUUAGGGUUCGGAACAAGUGAAAUUUGCAGGAACUGUCAAAGUACAAAUGGGUUUAAUACAUAUUGUUGACCUUGGGAUUCA